ACACACACACACACACACACACACACCCAUACGCAUACGCAUACAAACACAUACUCACACACUUCUGUGUCUCCAUAUCUGUGCGUCCAUCAAGGCCAUCUGCUUGUCCCACUCGUCUCGAGAUGCGAUCACAAGGCGCCCCUGCAGUGGGCGUUCUUGCAGUCCUAUGGCCAGUGCUGUUAACGCUGCUCAUCUCCUGCUGUAGCGGGCCGUCAAGCAGCUUGGUAGCAGCAACUCCAGACUGCACCCGUACCGACUUUGAUCUCGUGCUCGUCUUGGACGAGAGUGGCAGCGUGGGGAUGGAAGAUUGGCAGCACACGCUCACCUUCGCUUCACACUUUGUUCGUGCCCUCGAUACCGAAACAAACAGCAUCCAAGUGGCUGCGGUGACGUUCAGCACCGAUCCUGUGCUGCAGUUCUCCCUCAACACAUACUCCACAGAGGAGCACAUCACAAAUGCGCUCACAAGCCUGCCAUAUGCAGGCAAGUCCACGGACACGGGCGCAGCACUCGAGCUGGUGCUCUCCGGCGUGCUCGACAACCCAGCGGGCGGGUACCGUGGUGGGCGGGCUGUGGUCGUGGUCAUGACCGACGGACACACGCAAGAUCCUGAGCGGCUGCAGCUGGCUGCGCCACUUCUCAAGGCGCGCGCCGACGUGUUUGCUGUCGGCGUUGGUGACAACAUCAACGUGCCAGAGCUGUUCCUCAUCGCAUCAGCGCCAACAGAAUCGCACGUGCGGUGGAGCUCGGAUUUCACCGUUGUCAACGCCAACGAGUUUGUGCAGGACAUUGUCACCGCCGUACGCUGCGAAGACAAUGAGGACACCACAACCACCAGCACAACCACCACAAGGUCAGCACGCACAACAACAGGAACAGCGGUGGGGCCGACAACAACAGCCCCAUCCACAUCCACCACACAUGUGUGCGAGUUUCGGCAAUGUCGCUGUCGCCCAGGGUCCUUCAUCGCCUGGUACGUGGACGAGUUUGGCUGCACCGUGUGCGCAUGCAGACAUGAGCCAGGCACCACGACCACCACUCGUCAGCUUACAACCCGCACACAGUCCACGGCAACAACAAGGCCGUCAACCACAGCACGGACCCUACCUCCGAGCACAAGCACCACCUCCAGCGGCGCAUGCCCAGAAGUGCGCACGUGUUUGUGCAAACCAGAUGCCCGCGCCAUGUACGACGAGGACGAGCGUGGAUGCGUGCAAUGCCACUGCGUGCCCAACACUAUCACAACAACGCGUGCAACAACAACGCGUGCAACAACAACCACAACUCGCCCUCCAACUGCCACAACCACUGCUGCCACAACCACUGCUCCACACGCCUUCCGCUGUCGGGACACGGCGUUUGAUGUUGUGUUUGCCCUCGACGCGUCUCGGGCAGUGUCUUCUGCAGACUGGUCGUACACUCUUGAACAUUUGCGCACAACCAUGCGCGCGUUCGACUUUGGCGAGGGUGCAACGCGUGUUGCUGCCGUGUCGUUCGGAGACCGCACACGCGUCGGCUUCACAUUGGAGCACGUUGCCUCGCCUGCUGACAUCGACAGCGCCAUCGCUCGCCUCGCGUACAUCGGCUCUGCGACAGACACUGGUCUUGCGCUGGAAGUGGUGCACAGCUCUGUGCUCGAGCUGGUUGGCGGUCGCGUUACGCGGCCAACAAUGGUUGUUCUCGUCACAGCGGCUCCCGCCUCCGACGAAGCCCGUCUCCUGAGUGCAGCGGGCGCCCUCAUGCGUUCAGGCGUGCUUGUAUCGUCCAUUGGCAUUGGCGCCGGCGUGGACGCAGCGCAGCUCACGUCCAUCAGCACGCCCGAUAAUGGCGAUUCCGGCGUGCAGCGACUUAGGGCGUACUCGCAGCUGCCGUCAGACACGUUUGUGCUGGAUCGCCUCGAGCGCACACUCUGUGACAAUGUUCAUUCCACAACGAGGAGCACCACAACGACAACGACAACCACAGCAAGCACUACCACGAGCACCACGACGACCACGACCACAGCAAGCACUACCACGACGACCACGACAGCAACAGAGACGACGACGACGACGACAAGCGCGAGCACAACAAGCUCGUCAUCUGGGUUGUGUGGGCCGUAUGAGCCGACUCGCGACCACACGGCUUCUGCGGGCCCCAAGCUGUAUUGCUGCCCGUCCGAGUACAGCACACCAGAGACGUCAUCCUCAUCCUCAUCAUCACCAACAACCACAACCACAGCAAGCACUACCACGAGCACCACGACGACCACGACCACAGCAAGCACUACCACGACGACCACGACAGCAACAGAGACGACGACGACGACGACAAGCGCGAGCACAACAAGCUCGUCAUCUGGGUUGUGUGGGCCGUAUGAGCCGACUCGCGACCACACGGGUGCGUUGAUCUUCUGUGAUCGCUCUGGGCAUGCGUGUCCGCUCAACAGCUUCUGCGGGCCCAAGCUGUAUUGCUGCCCCUCCGAGUACAGCACACCAGAGACGUCAUCCUCAUCCUCAUCAUCACCAACAACCACAACCACAGCAAGCACAACCACGAGCACCACGACGACCACGACCACAGCAAGCACUACCACGACGACCACGACAGCAACAGAGACGACGAUGACGACGACAAGCGCGAGCACAACAAGCUCGUCAUCUGGGUUGUGUGGGCCGUAUGAGCCGACUCGCGACCACACGGGUGCGUUGAUCUUCUGUGAUCGCUCUGGGCACGCGUGUCCGCUCAACAGCUUCUGCGGGCCCAAGCUGUAUUGCUGCCCCUCCGAGUACAGCACACCAGAGACGUCAUCCUCAUCCUCAUCAUCACCAACAACCACAACCACAGCAAGCACUACCACGAGCACCACGACGACCACGACCACAGCAAGCACUACCACGACGACCACGACAGCAACAGAGACGACGACGACGACGACAAGCGCGAGCACAACAAGCUCGUCAUCUGGGUUGUGUGGGCCGUAUGAGCCGACUCGCGACCACACGGGUGCGUUGAUCUUCUGUGAUCGCUCUGGGCACGCGUGUCCGCUCAACAGCUUCUGCGGGCCCAAGCUGUAUUGCUGCCCCUCCGAGUACAGCACACCCGAGACGUCAUCCUCGUCAUCACCAACAACCACACCACAACCACAGCAAGCACAACCACGAGCACCACGACGACACGACGACCACGACGACCAAAACUCUACUGCUGUCCAUCCGAGUACAGCACCACUACAACAAGCACUACUUCUACUACAAGCGCUACAACAACAACAACAACAACAACAACAACAACAACAACAACAACAACAACAACAACAACAACAACAACAACAACAACAACAACAACAACAACAACAACAACAACAACAACAACAACAACAACAACAACAACAACAACAGCAACAACAACAACAACAGCAACAACAACAACAACCACAGCAAGCACUACCACGAGCACCACGACGACCACGACCACAGCAAGCACUACCACGACGACCACGACUGCAACAGAGACAACAACAACAACAACAACAACAACAACAACAACAACAACAACAACAACAACAACAACAACAACAACAACAACAACAACAACAACAACAACAACAACAACAACAACAACAACAACAACAACAACAACGACGACGACGACGACGACACUUGGAGAGGAUUGGCAGCAUUCCAGCAUCAGACUUUACACGCGCAAAGGCGUUUGUGGCCCAGGCAACGCUUCUCACUGCACAGAAGCACAGCGGCACUCGCGUUGCGUCGGUGGCAUUCGGCACCGACCCGGACGUUGCCUUUGGUUUAACUUCCGUUGCCUCCGGUGGAGCAAGCGUGUUUUCCCUGAUUGCGGGCAUGCCUUACCUUGGCACCCGCACCAACACCGCCCGUGCGCUGGACACUGUCGCCAAUUCUCUGUUGGACACCGAUAACACCACGGGAACGGUACUGCAGCCCACGCUUGUUGUCGUCGUUUCUGAUGGCAAGGCGCAGGACACGGCCACUCUGCCGAACGCCACGCGCGCGCUCAAGGCAACGGGCGCUGUUGUCGUCGCCAUUGGUGUUGGAGAUGUCGACGAGACAGAGCUGCAGCUCAUCGCCACCGCCGACCGCCUCGUGUACGCACUGCAGACAUUCACAGACUUGCUUGACGGCGACCUGCUGUACCGUUUGAUCUUGGACGCUGAGGCGACGAUGGCUCCGGCUCCAGGUGCCCCCGCAGGCCUGCGCACAUCUCCUGCACCGUCCCCUGUUGGCAGCAGCAGCGACGGCAGCAGACAUGAUCCCACAGGUGUCGGUGCAGAGCCGCAGCCGUACCACGAACGACGAAGGAGACAGGGGCCCCCGCUGGCAGAGAGCGCUGGCGUUGUUGUCAGCGCAUCGAGCCGCCUUGUUGUUGCGCAGGUGCCAGUGCCUGCCGGUGGCGAUGAUGGCGAUUCCAUCCUUGUUGCCGCUGCACCUACUGCUCGCUUCGCUGCCGACCCAAGCUCCCUUGGUGGCGAUACCGGACCACGUGCAACGGAUGCUGCUGCUGUUGCGGAAACAGCAGUGGCGGAGUCAGUCGCUGGCACACGCGGCGGUGGUGCUGUGAGCGCGGUGGCGUUUGUGAGCGUUCAGAUUGCACAGGAAGAGUUGUCCUCGCAGCCAAACGUUGCUGACGUGCCAUUGAGCCGCAUUCGCCUCUCCAACUGCCGGCAACUUGCAGUGGCAGCAGCUGAGCCCCACGGGCAUGCGUCUGACCGGAAACACGUUCUUCUCACCAUCUGGCUUUCAGAGAACACCCUGCUUCCCGUGCACGCGCAGAGCGGUGUGGUAUCGCUGCGGACAACUGGGCCGCUUUUGUUUCGAGUGCAGGACACAACGCACCCGCUUGCGGAUGAGAGUGCGACGGUGUCUCCGGCAUCCACCGUGUUUGCUGUGCACGCGCACGUGUCGGUGCCGUUUGCUGAUCUUGGGGAAGAGCCAGUGGAGGGGGGCGCUGGCGUGGCUAUGGGCAACAUGCUUGAGCUGCAUCUUCAGCGCGACAGCAUGCUCUUGGCCUCACUGCAGAGCCAGGGGGACAAGCACAUCACUGUCCUGCUUCCACGUGAUCACGACGCUGGGGAUGCACUUGAUGACGAGCACGACCAAACGGACCGCUCGCCACCACCCUCCUCCAGGUCCCGUGCGCGCCGCUCAAGUGCUGGGCGCGGGCGUGUCAACAACACCGCAACGACCCAGCGCCGCACACGCGCGUUCACUCUUAUCGCUGUCAUCUCCGGAGUCGCUGCGUGCCUGGUUCUCGCCAUGGUGACUGCUAUUGCUCGGAAGCGCUCACCAGACGCAUCCGGCACAGCCGAUUGGACCCUGCCCUCCACCGGCCGCUCCUAUUCGCUGGCCUCCUGA